AUGGGAGAUAUAAAAGGCAGACUACAGUGCUCAUUUCGAUUUGCCGAUGGAAAAGUUGUGAAUAGCGAACCAGCUAGACAAGAUCCACAUGAUGGGUCAGUUGUUUUUGCCCAUACGUUUAUCAAUUAUUUCAGUUAUCAUUACUUAUUAAAUGCGUCAUCUCUCAGAAUGAACUCGACUGAUUGUGUAAUUUUUAGAACUCUGAGAUGUGCCACACCUCCAAUAAAUCGGUUACCUGUGAUUCCUCGAAAUGACUCACAUCAUCAAACGACCUUGAGCGUGGUUGCAGAAGUAAUGCUGUUUUGCGGCUUGAUGGUAGAAUCACGCCAAUCGCGUCGACCAACUUCUCCUUUUACGACUGUAACAGAUACACAACAUGCUCGAAAUGUGCAAAAAGCGAAUUUCCUUGUGAUUGUGCUCACACUGGGACCAUUCAUUUUAAUUUCCAUUCGUGCUUAUGACAUGCAUUCUCCUUUGAAAGUAUUUAGGUGUUUGGAGUCGAAUGAGUGUGUCGCUGGAAAGCUUACUGAAGACAAAUGUCGGAAACAGCAUAUAGUAAAUGGUUUGAAUGUGAGUCGCGAAGGUCACUCAAGAAGGAAGGGUCCUCAGAAAUGCCCGCAUAUCGUUGCACCUCAAACUAAACUUUAUGUGGCUGCCGGGGAGAGGAGAAAUAUCACAGUGAAAGUGCAGAAUCUCGACCCUAUAUUUAUGACGGACUUCCGAUGCUACUUCAAAGUGGGCAGCGUUGAACACGAAAAACCAGCUGUGAAAACCUUUGAUGAUAAUGUUAUAUGUGAUGAGAUGCAAUUUGAUCACUACGGACUUGGUGUUUCGGGAGGAACAGCUCCAGUUGAGUUUAAUGUCGUAUGGUCAUCAAGCGAUUCUUCCAAGAAGCACACCUUGGAUAACAUUGGUGGACUGAGCGUAGAGGUGUAUAAAUGUGAAGCUCUGGCAUCAAACUGCGGACGUUGCCUUACACUAGACUCCGAGAAGUAUGAAUGUGGUUGGUGUGCGAUAGACAACAGGUGUGUUAGACCGAUGGCAUGUUUGGCAAAAUCACCGCAAGAUUGGCUAAAUAGCACUCAAUUAUGUGCAAAUCCUGUCAUAGAGGAUUUUAGCCCUAAGAAGGGACCUGUUGGUGGAAAAACGAAGUUGCGAAUUACGGGAUCUAAUCUGGGACGACGAUAUCAAGACGUGUCAGGCGCGGUAAUUGUAGCGAAUGUCCAAUGCGCGGUGAUACCAGCCGAAUACCAGCCAGCAACGGAAAUUGUAUGCGAAACGGGCAAAGCGGCAAUCAAGAACAGCAAGGGACCGAUUGUGGUGAGACUUCGCGCUGACGACGCCAACUAUGCGGCUGUUUCAAAAUAUGAUUUUGAGUACGUUGAGCCAGGUGUGUCAUCUGUGAAGCCGAACAGAGACGGCAAUUUGAAUGAUAACAAUCUCAAUUUUUAUACAAGCUACGGUGAAUGGAUAAUCAGUUGA